AGGGAUUGCAUGUGGGCAAUGGAAGAUUGAUUUCAUUGCAAGGGGGGAAGAGGGGGCGAGAGAGGUGGAUGAAGCAGCAGCAGAGAACGGAACUGCUCUCUGCUCCCCCUCGUCUCGUCUCGAUUGCAUUGCCCAUCCCCUCACACACCUAAACCUCUCGCAGAAUCCGAUUCGAAGGCAUCGCCAUUCCACCGCCACCUCUGAACUCGUGGAAGGACUCUUUGUUGUUUGUUGGUGUAAUUUUUGUUUUUUUUUUUUUUUGUUUUUUUUUUCGGGUAGGUUCUUGGUUUCGAAGGAGCUGCUCGGGGAGUUUUUGCGCCAGCGCUAGCCAAAGUCAGCCAGUGCUGCUGCAGGCGCAGCAACCACAGAAUACACCAUGGAGACUCCUUCGAGUCCACCUGUGAAAGUCGAAACCGCAUCUGUGGAAGAAAUUGUUGGCCACCUUCCUGGAGCUCAGUCGUUACCUGACGGUUUCUCAGUUUCAGAAAACUUUCCGGAAGUUACGACCUCAGGAGUUUCUGAUAUCUCUGAAAGAAGCAGGGAAGAUGCUUCUGAGAAUUCGGCUGCACCUGAAAAGAUUGGUGGUUCCUUGGAUAUUAGCACAGGCGUAUCUCAAGGAACUGAAAAUGCUUCGCUUGCAGAUCCACUUGAGCCUCCCUUGGGGCCUUUGUCUUCUGAAGCUAAGGUGUUAUUAUCUUCAUCAAAGAUGAGUGAGACAGGUGCAGGCCACUCUUCAGAACAAUCAAAUAGAGAGAAAGAACUACUAGCUCUUACAGACUUUCCUGUAGAUUCCACUGCGGACCUCCCAGCAUCAGUGACUAAGUCAUCGGAGAAAGUUAGAACGUUUCCAGUGCCUCUAUCGGAGGGUGAGGUUGCUUCUCUUGUUGAAAGUGAUGCCGAUUCUCAAAAAGACGGAUUAAGAGGACCUUUAUUAUUUGGAGUUGACACUAGUACCAAGGUGAUGACUGGCAAUGAAGCCGCUGUUGGAGGAAAUGCUGAAAGCGGUACUGAUAGUGAUGGAGACGAUAGUGACAGACCUUCAAGCUCUCAGACUAGUCAUCUUUCUAUGGCCACCACGCGGAGAGACCCAAAUACAAAUGAUGAACCAUUACAAGACAUGUUGGAGUUGAAGAUUGCUGAAUUAGAGGUUGUUAGUACCGGGUCAUUGAAAGUAGAUGAUGAAGCAUCCAAAAGGGCAGCUAAAGCAAGGAAGCGACAAGUGAAGGAGGUGAAGGCUAUGCUUGAUGGGACUGAGCGAAAUCCCGAUGAGAAACUGCGGCUUCUAAAUACGAAGUAUUUGCAGCAGGUUGCGGAAAACAAAAACUUAGCUAAAGAAUUAUCUACAUUACAGCGGAAGUUGGAGCAGGCCAACAAAGAAAAAGAUACUAUUUAUGGGGAAUAUUCCAAAGCUAGUGGGCUUCGACAGAAGCUGGAGUCCUUGUGUCGAGAACUUCAGAGGCAGAACAAACUGCUCUUUGAUGACAGCAGAAGGAUCGCCAAUGAAGAGCAGAUGAAACGUCAAGAGCUUUCCACAAAGUUUCAUAAUACCAUCAAGGAUAUUACAAGUAAGUUGGAAGAACAAGGGGAUGAGAGACUGCAACAGAUCAAAGAGAAUGAAAUGUUACGUGAGACACUUAAAGCCCUGACCCAGCAGGUUGAAAAGAGGGAUCUUCAUUUCAAUCAUCAGUUAAAGACGAAGGAGCUAGAGCAGCAGCUUGCCGAGGUAAAGUUGAAGCAGCAGGAGGAGUUGGUUGCGCAAGAAGAAUCAAAGUCACGUCUCUACAAGGAGCAGAUUGCACACCAACUGAAAGUUGAACAAGAUCUGAGGGCUCAACUAGCUCUCUAUGGUGAUAAGUUUGAGCAAUUUCAGGAGACUCUUACAAAGAGUAAUGAGGUGUUCGCAACCUUCAAAAAAGAGAUGGAGAAGAUGUCUAAAACGAUCAAAAAACUAGAGAAGGAGAAUAUCGCCCUUAAGAAGAAGGCAGAAAAAUCAGAUGUCACGGUUAUCGAACUUCUGGAUGAGAGGGUUACUUUGAAGAAGCAAUUGGAGACUAGCAAAAAUCAAAAGGAUAGACUCGAGGGACUUUGUCGGUCGAUGCAAGCCGAGCGAAAAUCUUCUGCUGCUGCAACGUUGCCAUCUCAAGCCUCUCUACAGGAAGCAAUGAGCGCCGUAGAACCCCAAUCACAAUGAAAUUGAUGUACAAGAUCUGGAGGUGGUAUGACAGUAGUGUCCCCAAGUUUUGUAGGUUAGGAAGAAAUGUAGAUGUAAUGGAAAGAAGGUGCACCUCAAACGAAUCAAUUUGUGACACGCCUGUUUCAUUGAAUCUGAACUCUUUCCAGACUGGACUGGAUACUGGUAUAUUUUUCUUGUAUCCUUUUUCCACCCCA